GUCCGGGACCCUGACUGGAUGCCCACCCCUCUUCCCUACGGCCGGGAGGAGAAAGCUCAGCUCCAUCUUCACAACGGAGCACUCACCAGAUUUUACUUCUAGCCGAGCGGCCGUGCCAUCUUCUUGGCGUUUUCACCGUCAUUCUUCUCAGGCCCCGCCCCUUUUACGCUGGCAGCUGCGUAAACUCCGGAAACUGGAUUACAGCUACUGAGUCGACUGAGCGGCUCUGGGCGGUGCAGUGCGCAGGCGCGAGCGUUUGGGUUCCCGACGCGCGCGGCGCGCAGUUGAAGAGGGAGUGAGUUCCUGGGCGCCGAGACGCGGCAGCGGGCGACCGCGCAAGUGGGUGACUGAGCGCCUCCUCUGCCGCCAUGGCAGCCCUGCGCUACGCGGGCCUCGAUGACACGGACAGCGAGGACGAGUUGCCUCUGGGUUGGGAGCAGAGAACCACCAAGGACGGCUGGGUUUACUAUGCCAAUCAUACUGAGGAGAAGACUCAAUGGGAACAUCCGAAAACUGGAAAAAGAAAACGAAUAGCAGGAGAUUUGCCUUAUGGAUGGGAACAAGAAACUGAUGAGAAUGGACAAGUAUAUUUUGUUGACCACAUAAAUAAAAGAACCACCUAUUUGGACCCAAGACUGGCAUUUACUGUGGAUGAUAAUCCUACAAAGCCAACCACCAGACAGAGAUACGAUGGCAGCACCACAGCCAUGGAAAUUCUCCAGGGCCGGGAUUUCACUGGCAAAGUGGUUGUGGUUACUGGAGCUAAUUCAGGAAUAGGGUUUGAAACCGCUAAGUCUUUUGCCCUCCAUGGUGCUCACGUGAUCCUGGCUUGCAGGAAUAUGACAAGAGCCAAUGAAGCCGUGUCACGCAUUUUAGGAGAAUGGCAUAAAGCCAAGGUAGAAGCAAUGACCCUGGACCUCGCUCAGCUCCGUAGCGUGCAGCAUUUUGCUCAAGCGUUCAAGGCCAAGAAUGUGCCUCUGCAUGUGCUCGUGUGCAAUGCAGCAGCUUUUGCUCUACCUUGGAGCCUCACAAAAGAUGGCCUGGAGACUACCUUCCAGGUGAAUCACCUGGGGCAUUUCUACCUUGUUCAGCUCCUUCAGGACGUCUUGUGCCGCUCAGCCCCAGCCCGUGUCGUCGUGGUCUCCUCGGAGUCCCAUAGAUUUACUGAUAUUAAUGAUUCCUCAAAAAACCUAGACUUUAGCCGCCUCUCUCCAUCUAAAAAUGACUACUGGGCCAUGCUGGCUUACAACCGGUCCAAACUCUGCAACAUUCUCUUCUCCAAUGAGCUCCAUCGCCGCCUCUCCCCGCGUGGGGUCACAUCGAAUGCUGUGCACCCUGGAAACAUGAUGUACUCCUCCCUUCAUCGCCACUGGUGGGUGUACACGCUGCUGUUUACCUUGGCCAGGCCUUUCACCAAGUCCAUGCAACAAGGAGCUGCCACCACCGUCUUCUGCGCUGCUGCUCCCGAGCUCGAGGGUCUGGGAGGCAUGUACUUCAACAACUGCUGCCGCUGCCUGCCCUCGCCGGAGGCUCAGAGCGAAGAGACGGCGCGGGCCCUGUGGGCGCUCAGCGAGCGGCUGGUCCGAGAAGGGCUGGGCGGUCAGUCCAGCUAAGCACGCGCUCCGGCGAGGCUCGGCACACUCACCCACCCCGUGUGGGCACGCGUCGCUGCCAGCGCUGCACCCCUUCCAACGUAUUAUCCAGGUGCCCUCCCAUGUCCCUGUGACUCAUCCGCCGGAGGAUGAGUCACAAAGGUGGGGAAAAUACGGAGUCCCAAUGGGAAGAGGGGGAUAAAUUCCAGGGCGAAGGGUCUCUCUCUCGCUCUCUCUCUCUCUCUCUCUCUCUCUCUCUCUCUCUCUCUCGUCGAGGGCUAGCUUAGGCUUGGGGCCCCUUGCUUUUCUGGUGGUGGCCUGUUUAAAAGGAAACGAUUAGGUGGUGUGCGGGUUCUUUGCCUCAUUGUAGAAGUACAAGCAAUUCUCCCUCGCUGUGUAGAAUAGUCUGGUGCCCCGGUUUCACCCAGCCACCACCACAGCCCCAGCCCGGCAGGGCCACGCUGCAGCCGGGAGCUGGCUUUCUCCUCUUUAGGGACGAAAAAGCGAAUGUUUAUCCUUCUUUGCUGCAUUCAUUGAUCCAGGAGAUAAUUGUUUCAUUCAUCAUGACCAAGUCUAAGUGGGCCUGGCAACUACUGGGGAGAGAACUCUGAACCUCGUUCCAGCCAGUGAAGAUGGAGAUGACACUGAGAACCGGGUGAAAUAGACAGAGCUAGUGGGUCGCAAAAGUACUGGUGCUUUGACUCCCCUGCCAAACCAUACGAAAAGUCCUUUAGGGAUUAUAGCAAACAAAUUUUUGCCAAGUGUUUCCUCCAUACUCCGACAGGCAGGAAAGGAAGGAAGCAUUGUGUCCGUAAGAAUUUACGGGAUAAUUUUGGGGUGGGGAUAAAAAGACAUUCCUUCCAUCCUUCACUCAGUUUCAAGAAGCAGCCUGAUGGUGGAGGUUCACAGCUUCUCAGCACUCCUGCUUUCGCAUCCUCUUUAAAAUUCCUGUGAUUUCUCCCAUCCCACGCUUAAUAAAAGAACAUGCUUGUAUAUUA